CAUUUACUACCCUUCUCUCCUCGCCCUUCAGCUUGCGGAGUUGCGGUGCCCCUCCAAUUGAAACCCCCAACAAAUAACAGAUACAAACAAAUAACCAUUUAUACCGGCCCCUUCUCCGUCGUGAAACUAAGUUUCACUCAACGGCGGCUGUGUGAUCUUUCUCAUAACAAUCAAUCAACCGGAGCCACAAGUUUUAUCAGUAAAGAGUAAGAGAAGAUGUCUUUGAGGAUAAAGACAGUGGUCGAGAAAUUCGUUGAGGAAUUGAAAGAAGCUCUCGAUGCAGACAUACAAGAUAGAAACAUGAAGGAGAGAGAGAUGCAGAGUUAUAUCGAAGAGCGCGAACGUGAGGUAGCCGAGCGUGAAGCUGCCUGGAAAGCCGAACUCUCUCGUCGAGAGGCAGAGAUUGUGAGGCAAGAAGUAAAAUUGAAGAUGGAAAGGGAAAACCUUGAGAAAGAAAAGAGUGUGUUAAUGGGAACUGCAUCGAAUCAAGAUAAUCUUGAUGGGGCUCUUGAAAUUACUGUAAGUGGUGAAAAAUACCGAUGCCUUAGGUUCUCAAAGGCCAAAAAAUAAGGGUGAAGAUUCCCUUUUUAAUCGAUUGGAUGGACAUUCUGUUAUUCUUUAACGAAUUUAUUUUGUUGGCAUUAGUUGGAUGUAUGUGUAGAUAACUUAUUGUUUAUAAUUUUAGUAGUCCCAAUCCAAUACAUGCCAAAUGCAAUGUUGUUUGUUUUGUUAUGUCAUGUCAUUUGUAUGUAACAAAUGAGGUCUUAUAGUGACCGAUUCUUGAUUUUUGAAGAAAAUUGAUUUGGUUUUUAA